UGGACGAGGGCAAGUGAAUAAUUUUGAUCGAGUCUCUUCUUUGCGCCAACCACAUUCUCUUGACGACCACGACGAUUGAGCGCCCCGCGAUACCUGCAGACUUUUGGGACUUUUUAAUAAACGAUUGUUAGCCAGAACACGAUACGAGAAGAUGGAUUCGAUGGAGCCGGAGCAGACCCCUUUUGGGGCAGUGUCGGAGCAGACGUCACGGCUUCAGCGCAUAUAUCAAACAUACCUCGACAAAUCGACCCCAUUUACGGCGUACAGAUGGCUCGGGACGGGAUCUCUCCUCGUCAUCUUCUUCCUCAGGAUAUUCCUCGAGCAGGGAUGGUACAUUGUUGCGUACUCUCUGGGAAUCUACCUCCUCAACCUCUUCCUCGCCUUCCUCCAGCCUAAAUUCGACCCAUCGAACGAGGCCAUAGACAAUGAGAUGGAGGACGGAGAGGCAGGUGGCCUACCAACCAAGCAGGGCGAUGAGUUCAAGCCCUUCAUCAGAAGGCUGCCCGAGUUCAAGUUCUGGCACUCCGCCACCAGGGCCAUCACCAUUGGCUUCGUCUGCACCUUUUUCUCGAUCUUCGACGUUCCGGUGUUCUGGCCAGUGUUGGUUAUCUACUGGUUCAUUCUAUUCACAUUGACGAUGAGGAGACAGAUCCAGCAUAUGAUCAAGUACCGCUAUGUGCCAUUCUCGUUCGGCAAGGCCAAGUACAACAAGAACAGCUCUUAGAUCAUCAUGGAAGCGGUUGGUGGAUGGUCUCUGCACGGAUCGACAAGAGUUGUGAGCUUCGCUGCUCGUGUAUCAUGUACUGGGUGACUUGAUUGGGGUGAACGGUCAGACUGAGGCCGUUUGUAUUGCACGGUAUCACCGUUAACGACACUUUACAUGGACUUUAUGGGUCACAUAGGGUCGGAGAACUGGCAUAGAAGGCAUGGGAUUGUCCCAGCCGGUAGAGUGUUAUUAUUAAUGGGAUUAAUGAAAAAGC